UAUCUCCGAAACAACAGUGGUAACUCAUGUGGGUGUCAGUAUAGAAUAAUAGUGAAAUAAUAGUAUAACAUUGUUGUCUGAUUAUCAAAGCUGUUAAUAUUUCUAUUAAAUAAAACAGAAAUAAUGUUAAGUCAAUCAAAAAUAAUUUGAAUGACAACGCGAGAGAUCAAUUUCAAUUAUGUCUAUUAGUUGACAAUAAUUAAAAAUCAACGUUUCACUAGUGCUUUCAUACGAGUUUAAUGUAACUUUUUUUUUGCUUAUUUUAUAUUUGAAAAAAAAAAUUACACACUGUUUUUUAUAGACACAAUGACGAAGAAUUUGAUAACGAACGUUGAUCCAUUUAGUGAAAUGAUUCUUGAAGAUGACUACAAUACAGCAGAAGUUUCAAUGGAAAAUUCUGAAACGAUUGAUAAAGUGAAAGGAACCGAACACCAAUAUGCAGAUCCUUUAUCACUUGAUGAAGUUCGUUGGUUUUAUUGUGUAAACAAAAGAUGGACAGAAUUUUGUGGAUACGAUAGUUUAAGAAUUGAACAAGUAUGGAGAAAUAGAAGUGAAAAUGCCGAUAGUAAUAAUUGUGAAAAUAAUAAAUUACAAACUGCCGAAAGAAUAGUUGUUCGAGGUGGAAUGUACGAUGUGGAUUUAGAUAAAAUGAAAUGUUUAUCUAUAUAUUGGCCAGGUGAAGAGUGGGAAAUAAUGCGUGGAACGUGGUUUUAUGAUAGCAGUUGGAUACCUUUGGAAACUGAACAUUCGGAAAGAAUAGAAGAAGUUCAUUUGAGAACUUUUCAACAUCAAAAGCUCACGCAAUCGAAUUCUGAGCCCGAAUUAGGAGCAACUUCUCAUGCUUUCAAAGUAUUGCAUACAGAACAUUUUCCUGCCUUUCACGUUGAUUGGCUUGCAAUAAAUGAUGUAACUUUAUACAGCGAGUACACGCCCUCCAAAUUAAUGCGAAGCGUCACAUCGAAAUUUGGUUUUACUAAAUCAACUGGUUACCAAUUACGACGGGGUUAUAAAGUUCGUGCAACUAUGGAUGAUAAACCAAAUGACAUUGAUCAUUUAGUGUUUGUUGUGCAUGGAAUCGGACAAAAGAGAGAUACUGGAAAAAUAAUUCGAAAUACAGCAGCAUUCAGAGAAUGUGUGGAAUGGCUACUACCUAGAUAUUUUCCGAAAUUUACACAAAGAGUUGAAUUUUUUCCCGUAGAGUGGCGAUCGUCUUUAAAAUUAGAUGGAGAUAUUGUCGAUGCCAUUACUCCGUAUAGUGUUUUAAGUAUUCGAAAUCUUUUGAAUACAUCCGCAAUGGAUAUUUUAUAUUAUACAAGUCCUCUUUAUGGCGGUGAAGUUAGAAAAGGUCUCCAACAAGAAUUAAAUAGGUUAUAUUCAAUGUUUAUUAAUCGACAUCCUGGAUGGAAUGGCAAGGUGUCGAUAUUAGCUCAUUCCUUAGGUUGUGUUAUCGUUUACGAUAUUGUCACUGGCUGGACGGGAUACGAUACACAAGUUUCCUUCUCAUUAUCCUCAUGUGAAGGACUUCAAUUUUCUAUUGAAAAUCUUUUUUGCCUUGGUUCUCCAUUAUCAGUAUUUUUAGCUUUACGUACACGUGCACCAUCAAAUAGAUUGGAAGUAAUGCCAGAAAAAUUAUGUAAACGAUUUUAUAAUAUAUUUCAUUGGUCAGAUCCAGUUGCAUAUCGAAUGGAACCAUUAUUAGAAAAAGUUUACAGUAAAAUUGAACCAGUUUUAAUUCCCUCAUAUGGAGGUCAACAACCAUUUAAUAAUCAACAACAGACAGAAGAACAAGAAGUAGAGGGUACAGAAAUGGAAGAUGAACGAUCAAAUGAUGAAUUUGUUAAUGAACAAUUGGAACAAGUUUCCGCUGAAGCAGAUGUUGAUAAGCAAAAUAUAUCACUUCAAGAUUUUUGUGCAGAUGUUGAUAAAAAUGAUAGUUCUUCCGAUUCAACAAAUCGAAAUGCUGAGAAAGGUUGGAGUCUAUGGAGUAUAGUGCGAGGUGGUUGGAUAGCGAAAGAUGGUACUUCUUCGCCAACACCAGAAAUGAAUUCAUCGUGUCAUCCUCAUGAAGAAUUAAAUCAUCGAUUGGAUUAUGUACUUCGUCCAAGUGGUUUAGGAAGAAAUUAUCUAACAACAUUAACCUCUCAUACAGGUUACUGGAAUAAUUAUGACGUCGCCUAUUUUGUUAUGACCAAAUUGUUCCCUAAUUUGGAAAUGUGAUUUCAAAUUUUUAGGCAAUAUAUAGUGAAUUAUUGUAAAAUAAUGUGGGCCUAUUAAGUCAAUAUAAAAGGAAAGAAAUGCCACCAAAACAAAUCUGUGAUAAUGUUAUGUUAAAGGUAACAUAUACAGUGUAGGUAAGUUUUUUAAUGAACUCUUGAAAUUCAAUGUUUUCUAAUUGAAUAUAUAUAUAUUACAUAGUAAUAUAGAUACGUUAUUUGUCAAUUUUUUAAUCAUACAUACAUAGUUUAUUGUAUAUAUGUUGUAGGCAAUUAUAUCAGAAACCAGAAUUACUGGAUUUUGUUUUGUCUACUUUUUAUAUACAUAUAAAAAAAAACUAUUUAUAUGUUAUGUCAAGUAGUAUUAACGACAAUUUGCGUGCCUUUAUUGUUUAUGAAAAAAAUAGAAAUUAAAAUUAAUGUUAAAUUUUCUACACAGCUUUGAUUUUAUAUUAAAAUAUUUAAAUUUUUUUAUAUAUAUAUAAAAAUAUGUUAUUCGUUUUUUCAUGCGAACUUUUUUGCAUAAUUUAUAUGUAGACGUUUUAAAGUAGGUUAAUAAAAAGCACGCGCUAUGUGCUAUUUUUAAUUCGUUAUUAUCAUUCAUCGUUGAAUAUCACAAUAUUUAAAAUUUUGUUUAUUGUUAUAUAUAUAUAUAGAGUUUACCAAAAUUUAGUUCUCAAUAAAUUGGUUGAAACUAAAUUUAUAAGGUUAUUAUAAAAUUAUCGUUCGGUUAUCUUCAAUUGUAAAAUAAUAUAGAAUAUGAAGUUCAGCCUUCUCAUCAGGCAUGAAAAUACAUUUAUUUUUAAAUCAUUUUAUUAAUAUUAAUAUAAAUUAUUUUGUGAUAAGUUUUCAAAAUAUUUGGUAUUAUACAUACAUUGGUAUUAUAUUAUACUUAUAUAGAUUUAUAUUCUUCUCUUUUAUUUAUGAAUUAUUUGUCGCUAUUCAGACUAAAUUAGAGGAAUCUUUUCAAUAAUUAUUUAGCUUUUUAGUUUUUGUUAUUAACUUUUCAAAAUUCUUUUACUUGUUUAAACAAUUGAUUGUUUAUCGAUUCAAAGAAUUUUAUGCUAAAGAAAAUAAUUAUAUCCUAUUCUGGCUAAAUCUUAGGUUUAUCAGAAUCAUCUCUAUAAUUUAAUCUUUCAAAUUUCUUUUGAAUGCGUUCUUCAGAAUGCGUCACAUAAAAUAAAAAAAGAAUAAAAAUAUUUAUUUUUUAUUGUAAAAUAAUUAUAGAGAAGUAUUUAACUUUAUGCCUGAUGAGUAGCCCUAAUCGAGCUUAAAAAAAAAAUGAGUGAUUAUCAACAAAGUAGUAAAUGAAUUUUUUCAUAAAUUGAAUGUUUUGCACCGAUUUUUGAAUUAGUGUGUAUAUAGAUAAAAAGCACAAAGAUUAUGUGCAAUAUCAAAGCUUACACUAUCAUAUGACUUUAGUUGACUUUCACGGAGAAAAAUGAAACAUUAAAAUAACAAGCUUGUAACUUGUUAAGAAAUUUAAAUAUUUAUAAUAUAGAAAAAGCAUAACAUAGACAGAGUUUGUUAAAAGCCUUAAGGAAGUUUUAUCAAUAAGAUAAAUUAAUAUUAGUUUUGCUUAACUUUUUAUGUUAAAGAGUCAGUGAAAUCAAAAAAACUGAAUGUUUUCUACAUCAACUAGUCCUUAUUGAUAGAAUUUCCUUCAUUAUCAUUUAUUGCGUCGAUUUAGAAUUAGUUUCUAAGUAAUUAGUCAACGUUAUUUGAACAAAAAGACUUAAAAAAAGAUAAUGUCACAAAGGACGAUUGUAACCUUGCCACAUUUAUUGUAUCGAUUUUAAAGUAGAAUCGGACCAGCAGUCGAAACAAAAAGUUAGACAAAUUCAAAAAAUUUUAAUUUUUAUUAAAAUACAAAUUUUAAUGGUUAAAAAUAUAAAAAAAAAUUUACACUUGCAUUGUGUAAAAUUUUUAAGAAAUGAAAUAACAUUGUCUGAUUCUUUCUUAAUAAAAAUAAACAGAUGCAUUUGCGUUAUAUCAAAGUUGGUUACACGUGAGUUAAAAACUUGCGAUAGAUUUUAAGUAGCUCAUGUGCGAUCAAUUGUUUAAAUCCUCCAAGAUUUAGAAUUUUAAAUUAUAAUAAAUAUUAAUUGUAAUUUAUAAUAAAAUAUAAAGUGUUAA